GCGUUCUUUUUUUUGUAAAAUUUUAAUCAAUUUAUUAUUGUUUAUUGAUUAUCUGAAAAUGAUAUUUAUACGCAGUUUUAAUAUAUCUUAAAUUGCAAUGAACAAGAAUAAUGUGUGUUGCGGUUGCUUAUCUGCCGAAAGAGAAAUUAAUAAGAUUGAGGAUAUUUGUAAAAAGCAAUGUUUUAUGAAAAUAAUAAAUGAAAUACCGAUGUCCUGUAUACCAGUGGACCAUGCAGUCUGGCUGUGCUCGGAGUGUGAAGCACUGCUCGGCCGGUUCAUCAAGUUUAAAGAACAAAUUCAGCAUGCUUACAAAAUGCUACUCGACUGUACAAAGAAGAGUACGAAACAACUUAAGACAAAUGAAGCAAAAUCAGAAAAAACUCUGAAUAUACCCAAAGUAGAUAAUGAUUUCUUUAAUGAAUCGAACGAUAAAGUUAUAGACAAUGAUAAUGUAGAAAAUAUAUGUGAUAUUAAAGAAGAAAUUCAUGAAUAUGAUGAAUUUAAUAAUGAUGAUAAAGUGGAAGAUAAAAUAAAAAAGAACAAAAAAGUAGGAAGGAAGAAGAGGAAGGUGUCAUCAGAGUUGUAUAAAGAAGUGAAGCUAACACCCAAACAAUUAGAGGAGGAGAGAAGAAUUAUGAUUAUGAAUGAAGAAUAUUUGAAUGCUAUGUUCAAAUGUGAGAAGUGUAUAGUUACAUUUCCAAAUAUAGACGAUUUGAAAGAUCAUGUGCAUUUCAAACAUGAGUUGAACGCAUCAAAACACAGCUGCAAUGUCUGCGACUGUACAUUCGCGACGGAAGUAGCGUACAACUACCACGCCGGUAGACACCUACAUAGAUAUAAGUGCAAGGAGUGUGGUGAGAUGUUCAUCUGCAAGCGAGCAGUACUUAAACAUUAUGAGAAGGUACACAGUUACGGUUAUGGAAUCGAUUUAAGAUAUGAUCUGAAUGAUGACAAAGAUAAUGGACAAUUGGAACAAACAGAAGAUAGCAAUGAUAAAAGCAUAUUAGCGGGCCCGACAUUAUUCCCCUGCGAUUACUGCGAGAAAACGUUCAGAUGGAAAACUUCACUGCGCAAACACAUCGAGAGGCACACGAUAGAAAUGGGACAGAAAAGGAAACCGUACUGCGAGGCCUGUAGAUUAACGUUUAUGACAACUUCAAACCUUCAGAAACAUGUCAGGACAAGUUCCAAACACCAGGUACAGCUGAAGUUGAGAAAACUAAACGCUUCGCUCGCCGAAGAUUCAGUCACGCCAGAGAAGCAACAGGCGCACAUAGAGCAAAUCAAGACGCUGGUGAAUAAAUCAAAGCAGAAGUAUCCUUGCACGCAGUGUGACAAGAGCUUCCAAUGGCGAGGAAACCUACUGAGGCAUCUACAAAGUCACACCGCCAAGGCGAACGGCGAGCUAAUAUGUGCGCCAUGCAACCGAACGUUCUCAUCGAUUGCAACGUACAAACAGCACAUGACGAUUAGUAAGAAACAUAUCACAGAGGAUGAAUUCAAGUACAUGUGUAGCGACUGUGGCCAAAAAUUCGCCAACAAAACUCAACUACGAGAUCAUAUAAAUUGGGAGCAUUUGAAGAAUUAUGUGCAUAAGUGUCCACUUUGUCAAAAGGUGUUCAAGACUCAUACGUCACUGUACUGCCACAACCAGGUGGUGCAUCAGAAAGGUCAGGCAGAGCUCUUGUGUGACCACUGCGGGAAACAUUUCACGAACAACGCGAAACUCCGCACGCACAUAACCGCGAUACACAGCCACCAGUCCCCGUACCGGUGCGGCACAUGUUCUGCCCGGUUCAAGUGGCACUCGUGCCUGUCGCGACAUGUCAAGAGAAUACACGGGCCACUAGCUACUCGCCGGCGACGUGUUCGCCCAGACGAUGCCGGGGGUACUGAAGACGGCGGCCUUGCUGUCGACGGUGGUUUAAGUUGAUAAACGAUCACGCGUUUGUUAUACAGUUCAAAUAUAUAGAAUAGUAGCCUUUACCCGUGACUUUGUCUGCUUUUUUAGCCUAUAACAGGCCCUGUAAUCUAUUUUCAGUUGUGUGGUGAAAUGGUAAAACUGACGAAUAGACUUGCGUUAUUGUUUUUUUAAAGGACGCGAUCUCAUGUAUUUUAAUCUAUAGGAAAUUGUUUAAUAAUA